AUGGAAGGAAUCACACCUCGUCAACAGGACUUCCCAAUAAUUCCGUUUUUUGCGAUGGCCAAAGCAAAAACUGAAACUAUUGGCUGUGCAGUGAAGUUCUGUCAAAAUAGCUAUUUUGCUGUAUUCUGCUACUAUGGGGAGCCACAUGUCACUGUUGGUGACCCUCUCUAUGAAGAGGGGCCACCAUGCUCUGAUUGCCCCAAAGGCUAUGAAUGCGGCGCGGUGAAGAACCUUUGCUACAAAGUGGGAGAUCGGAAACUACAAAAGGAUGCUAUCUAA